CACGCUUCACGGCUUCUGCAGACGAACUGAUUUACGUUCCUAGUGUGUCGCGUUGUUUUACUCCCGUCACAUGAACCUGAUCAACAAAACAUAGUGAUGACAUCAAAAGCCCUAGACAUUGGCAAGGGCGGAGAGUUCUCGCUGCGAGCCCUGUUCGAUCAGAACAACCUUGGCGUUGAACCAGAAGAACAAUCUUUAGAUGUGCCACAGGAACCAGUCGCUCAGAAAGCACACAGAAUAACCUUUAAAAGGGAAGAAGUGAGCCAUGUGGAGCAACAAAGCUACUGGAAAAAUGCUGGAAUGUGGACAGAACCACUGUUUUUUUCCACUGGAGAUACACGCUUCAAAGAGGCUGUAGAUUUUAUUCACCAACCAGCAAAGGAGGAACCGUACCGCGAUAGAAACAAAUGGUAUGAGCAGCGAGAAAUAUUGAAACAAUAUUAUCGAAACAAAAUGCGCCGAAACGCACUAUGGUUGGCGGGAACUAAUCAGCGAACACAGAAGAAACGGCCAUUGAUAGAUGCGUCAGACGAGUCAUCGUUUCAAUAUUUUGGCCAGCAGGACGAAAUCGAACGUCAAAAGAAAAAGAAGCCCCACAGGACUUUUUUCAAAUGAAUUUACCAUAUUUUACAAAAGGUUCAAUAAAAAUUUCUUUUUUUUUU